AUGGCAACUCAGGCUGUUCAAAUGGAAGUGGAUGUGGAUGACCAACUAAGAAAGAGAGAUGUCCAACUAACUAAAAUAUUCGCUCUUGUAGAAAAAAUAUUGUCUUAUUUGCCGGAAGAAAUACAUCCUGGAUACAGAAACGGUGAGCUUGUAAUGGACCUUGAUUUAUCAAAUGAAAUAGCUGGGCUUGUCAGCACCAUAUUUACGUAUAUGAGGAAGAAAAACAACCCCCAAGUCAACACUGCAAAGGCUGACACAUAUGAAGCCAAAAUUAGAGAUGUCACAUUCAAGAUAAAGGAGAUUGGGGACAUAGCAAUAGCAGAGUUGAACCAUUUUGACUACAUGAUUGCGACACCCAUAAUGAACUUGCUUUGUGCAUUCAAAAUGUCCUUUGAUGAAGUACGAGUGGGCACUACUAAGUUCAUGGUCAGAAAGGACGUGGCUAUGGCACAACCUAGAGGAGGGAGAAGGGGUGAACAACCAAUCGACAAAAGAGACCAGUUUAGAACUAUAACCGAGUACGGGUUGAGCAACCAACACAUCCCAUUGCUUCAGGGGAUAACAUUUUCUCCAGAGAGAAAGACAGGUCUGAUAAGAGCUUUGGGACCAUUGACUCAGUGCAUCAUGCUAAUUAAUGAAAACACCUAUCCACAACGUAUUGCCGCUGCAUUGAAAGAAACGUUGAACAUGUUGCCAAUGCAUAAUGAGAUAGUGAACCUGUUCAAGGAGGCCAGGGGUCCUGGAUCCUGUCAGGGGGUGCUAAAAGAAUUGGGAGAUAUCCUGAUAAUGACAACUGCAAGGUCACAACAAAAAUUCUACCUUCCUAUCCUGCUAGCUCAACAAAUGUACUACGCAAAGGGCAAAAAUGGAGAUUAUUCCGGAUAUGUUCAACGGGAAAUGGAGCUUCCGAGAAGAUAG